AUUUUAAGAACCAGUGUUUUUACAUUUCUGCAGUUUUUUUUUCUUCUUGAAACACGUUCUUGCGUUUUGUUUGUUCACUCAACCAAUCACAGUGCAAAAUGUGACCUAAUCAAUUUUAGGUUUCUCAUUUGGACCAGUUAUUGCGCAGCUGUGUCAGAGUUGUUUCCGCUCGCAUUAGACAAAUAAGAAUCGAAAAAGAAAUUAUGUAAUGAAGCAGUUCUGUAAAAUCCAGUUGACCACAUCCGCUUAGGUUCWAACCCCUCCAGAAAAAAAAGGAACUACCUUCAGGACGAAAGCACCUCUGGCUGCAUUUUAAUUCUCUCUUUUUUACGACACCAAAACAAUCCCUUUAUUUAAAAAGUACACUUUCACUUCAAAUCUUAAGAGUCAUACUUUUUUUCCUGUAAAUAUUCUCUUCAUCAGAAAGCAUAAACUGAGUUUAAUAAUCAUAAAUUCUAACUGACUCCUGUCUCAUCAAAGGGUUAAACCAACACUAAUAUUACUCAUGUAUGACAAGUGUUUAUGUCACUGGUUUAUGUCUGAACCGCAUGAAAAUCACAUAGAUUCGGUGGAAUUACAAAAAUUGUACAAGUGAAGUGCUGACGUUGCCAACAGUUGCUACUCUGGUUGUGUGUGUGUGUGGGUAAAGGGGAGUGUUACGUGAUCUCAUUGAGUUUCCUGUUGUUCACAGCACUUCUCUCUAAAAAAAAAUGCUGUCUUUCCUGACCUACAAACCCACGACCAAAAGACCCGGCAGUUCUGCGCCAACACUUUAUUCGAGUCAGGCUCGGGAAAUCUGCUGAUGAGUUUGAGCUGGAACGCCUCGUCCUGUUCGUAGACACACCAGAGCCAGCUCGCAGUGACAGCUGAAUUUAUUUUCUGUUUGCUUUUCGUUCCUUUCUUUUUCUUCAGAUGAUUGAAACAAGAACUCAUCUACAGGUGGUCCUUUAACCUGCUUACAGUCUGCGCUCCUGACAUGGAUUUUGUGUGGUUUUCUUUCUCGAUCCUUGCCCUGGUCUUCGGAGGAGAGUGUUUCAAUGAGGCGACGGAGCAAACCAGUGGUUCAUGUUACGAAGUGUGCCCAGCUGGUUAUUUCUGGGAUAAAAGAGGUGGUCACUGCUCAGAUAAAAAAUACUUCUGUAAAAAGUGUGACAAAGACAGCUACACAGAGAUUAAAAACCAUAUAAAACGAUGUUUGAAGUGCAGCACUUGCAGUCAUAGUGAGGUGGUAGUAAAGCCAUGCUCGUUUACAAGUAAUACAAAGUGUGGCUGUAAGCCUGGAUUCUUCUAUGUGCAAGAAAAUAUGUGCUGGGAUUGCUCCAAAGUCACAGGUACCACUCAUGCAGAUUUUAAAAAGCAAUGCACAAGUACUACAGUGUUGCCUUCUACAAAUACAUCUACAACUAUGGUGUCAGUGACUACAAAAACUCCAACUUUUGCACCAAUUCCAUUGUUGGGACCAACGACGCCAGACCUCCUGCUAGAUUCCACUACUUCAACUCUACUGCAAGGAUUCAAGACUUCAAACAGCACAUCAAAUCCUGCAGUACAACCAGUCCCAACAGCAAAGAACCACAUGGUCUGGCUUCUUUCCUUGGUGAUUUUUGCAGUUUUGCUGGUUUUGGUUUGGCUCCUGGUUUUCUGCGGGAGCAUGCACAGAAACCAAGACAACCAUUCCUGCUGGAAACGAAACAAAAAUGCAAAAACACCUGCUCAGGAAGGCACUUUAAAAGAGCGAUGCAGUCAUCACAGCAGCAGCCCGUCCCCACUGACAUUCACCAUUUCUGAGGAAACUCCUAUGAUGUCUCUCUGUCAGGAUCCACCUGCUCACAUCUCUGGCCAAAUACCAGACACUGGUCACACCGCUGCCAGACAGGAAGAGCGGUCCGAUCGCUGGCCAGCCAUUGUCCUCUACGCCAUCAUCAAAGAGGUCCCCCUGCGUCGAUGGAAGGAGUUCUUGCGUCUGCUCUCGGUACCUGACCAGCAGAUGGAGCGAGUGGAGCUGGAGGCCGGUUUGGGUUCCAUCGAGAAGCAGUACCAGAUGCUGAGGCUGUGGAGCCAGCGCUCCUCGGCCAGCCUGAACGACGUUUACUCCUCUUUACACCACAUGGAUUUGUCCGGCUGUGCUCAGCUGCUGCAGGAAAGCUUGGAGAAGCUCAAGUGGAGGCAAGGAAUGUCGGCCUGAAGAAGCUUUUGACUGACUUUUGAGACUGAACAUGAAGGGAUGCUCUCCACGGUACUGCAUGGAAAACCAAUGCCUUGCAUGUGGUUUAAGAUGAGUAGUUUAUAGUUAAUACACCCACAGAUGUCAUCAAUUACACCCACUUGAUCUGAGAAACUGAAAGACUUUGUGCAGCGUAGCGUGGGUUUUGACAUUUUUUUUAAAAAGAACGUGAUUUCAAAUUUAAAAGAAAAGUCAGGUGUUCUGUGAAUAAGUGUGUUUUACCCACUUGCUUUCAAGCCAGAGUUUUAAACUGAGCUAAUCUUAUGCUGAGAAGGUAUUGGGCUGKAAACCUUGUAAGUAACACCUGCGCCCUCUCGUGUCAUUUUGUGACAUAGGGAUCAAAGUAAUGGGGUUGAGUAUCAGCUACUCUCACACCAACCUUUAGCUAAAUAUCGGUAAAACUGACUAAGUUACAGUCAUUUUUGAGUUGGGUAAUGUUAAUUAGCCGCAACCCAAGUUUUAGAUGUUCAGACUUUUAUUACGUUCUGAGAAUUUCUCUAAAAUAUGUCCAAGCAAAGGUUACUACCAGUGUUUUAAGUAAAAAUAGCACGUGUUGGGGAUGUUACUCCGCUAUUACCACGCCAAAUAUUAGCUCAUUAUGUGUUAAAUUGGCUGAGUUAUUACAAGGUUUAUGAUUCUGAAGGUCAGUUGACUGUGUCGGCCAUCUUGAAUUGACUCCAAGGUCUAAUCCGUUGUACAUGAGCAUCCAGUGAUCGUGUCUCUGACAUCAUCAGUAAAAGUCGAAGCUCAUUAUAAAUCCAGGCUGACACUGUAAAACUGACUUCCCUUGUUUGUACUGAAAACAUAAACAACAGUAGCCUUUAUAGGACGAUAAUUAACUAUAAAUGGAAAAAAGGGGGAAAUCCCUGUUUUUCAAUUUCAAUCUUCAGCUAAGAAACUGUUUAGAAAACACCACUCUACCUCCAGCUUCGUUGGCUUCCCUUAGAACUGCAGUAGCAGCCAGCUGUGGUUUUACGCCUCUGCCAUGUAAAUAUGAGUAAGACCAUGAUUGUUUAUAUGUUUGUGUUGAGUAGCAAGGAAGUUACGUUUCCUUUUUGUUGGAAUUGAUGUUCAGAUGAUGUAUUUUUGUAGUUUGACUAAGGUAAAGACUUUAUCAGUUUUAAAAACUGUAUAUUUUAGGCAUCUGUGMUGUGUCUGGUCACACACACCUCAGCCCAGGCUCGUCGCUCACCUCCUCGCACUGAAAUCCCCAAAGGUCGUCAGAUUUUCAGUUUCCUGCAAAGAAACGGUGUCAGUGUGCGGCAGGCUGGGUUUUUCCUCACCACAGGUAUUCUCUUCAGUCAGAUCUGUUGUGGUGCUUUGGUAUCUCACUUUGAGAAGUUUUUUUUUGUGCAUGCGUGUGCGUGUGCGUAUGUGAUUGUUCAGUUCACUGACAGGMAAACAAGAUUUGUUGGACUUUCCAGUUUCAGGAAUUUAUUUAUAAAUGUUUAAUGAACAUGGUUAGUCCUGAAAUGUGUGUGUAUAUUUAUAUAUUAUAGUUAUUCUUAAAAAAUGACAAACAACUAUUUAUGUUUUUCCGUUUUGGUAAUAAAGAUGAUUUAAAGAUUUUUAUUCUCACGAGGCUCCAGUGGUACAAAUUUAUAAUAAAGUGUAAUGUAUUAAGUCAAAAUUUUGUGAUGAUACAUGUCAAAAAUAAAACUUCUGUUUUGAGCCUCAUGUA